AAUCACCCACCUUGAGAUUGGUGAGAAAUUCGAAAGAAACUGAGAGAAUUCCGGGAAAAUUCUGAGUGGGAUAGGAGAUAGGACUGAGCCACUGUCCUCGGUCGCUUCGCCGCUCCCAUUUCUCUCUGAAAAAGGAAAAAAUGAAGAGUAAUGGCAACACAAAGCUAAUAGUCCUCCACCCUUCGAUUCACAAGCAGGGAGGCGCUUCACAUCGUCUAUGGCUUCUCUUUUUUGUCUGCUUCUUCACGUUGGCUUUCGUUCUCACUCUCAUCAACACCGCCGUGCCCACCCCCACUACAGCCGCCUCCGCGGCGUCUGCCCAUUUCCCUCUACCCCACUCCGCCAUGGAAGCGCUCCUCCACUAUGCCGCCGCGUCGAACAUCACCGGCCACAUGACCGCCGCUGAGAUGGCCUCCAUCGCCGGCGUGCUCCGCCGCUGCUCAACGCCGUGCAACUUCCUGAUAUUCGGGCUGACCCACGAGACCCUGCUCUGGAAAGCUCUGAACAGCAACGGCCGCACCAUCUUCCUUGAUGAGAGCGAGUUCUACAUCGCCAAGUUCGAAGAGAAACACCCGGAUAUAGAGGCGUACGAUGUGCAGUACACAACCAAAGUCAGCGAAAUGUCGGAACUGAUUCGGUCGGCGAAGGAGCAGCUCCGGAACGAGUGCAGACCUGUGCAGAACCUCCUCUUCUCCGACUGCAAACUCGGCAUCAACGACCUCCCCAAUCAUCUCUACCAAGUAGAUUGGGAUGUGAUCCUCGUGGACGGCCCUCGUGGGUACUUUCCAGCGGCGCCGGGGAGGAUGUCGGCAAUAUUUACUGCCGGAGUUCUAGCGAGAAGCAAGAAGGGCGGCUCUGCCAAGACCCAUGUGUUUGUACACGACAUGAAUAGGGAUGUGGAGAGGAUUUGCAGCAGUGAGUUUCUGUGUAAAGAGAACUUGGUCGAGACCACGGAUUUGCUGGGGCAUUUUGUAGUGGAAACCAUGAAACCCAAUAGCUUUCGUUUCUGUAGAAACCCCACAAAAUCAUCGUCACCAUCAUCUUCAUCAUCAUAAACCGAUGAUUGAGUGAAAUUCACCUUUUGUGAUUAUUUGUAAUAUUUACAUAUUUUGUUUUUGUUUUUUUAAAUAUAAUGUUCAAUCUCAUAGAUUUGAGUUUACCAA